CUCAGGCCGCCUAGCUCGGGCCGCACGCGGCAGACCUCGGCGCCUGCCCGACGACGACGCCUGCGGCUCAUGGCGCGGCCCAGCCCCGUGGCCAUCGUGACCGGGGCCAACCGGCAGCCAGGCAUAGGCUUCGAGAUCGCGAGGGCCUUGGCUCAGAGGAUGCCCGAGGGCACGACGGUGGUGGUCACCGCCCGGUCUCCAGAGAUGGGAGAGGAGGCAGUCAACAAGCUGACUUCGGAGGGAUUGAACGUGAUCUUCCACCAGCUGGACAUCGCCGACGCCGCAUCUGUCGAGGCCCUUCGCACAUUUGUAAGCGACAGGUCCGGCGGCCUUGGCGUGCGAUCCUCCUCCUGCUCCUCCUGA